GAAUGCGUGAAUGCUAUGAAUGAGUCAUCAAAUCAUCAAAUCUAUUGUUUGCUGUGUUUUGCGCUAAAUCUGAGACCAUUUGAGCGAAACAUUGAUAUCACGAAGAGAUGGAUCAGACAAUGGAUCAGUUGAACGACGAGGCAUUGAGACGAGAGGCCAUUCAGUUCUUCAAGAGCCUCAUUAACUUCAAGACCAAUCAGGGGAAGAGCACCCGACCCCACAAUUUCGCCGGACACAUCGGACGCCAUAUGUCACCGGAAAUGAAGAAAUGGUUUUUAGUUAAAUAUCCGAAUCAAUCGGAUUUCGUGAAGUUCUUCCUCGAGUUCGACCGCGACUUCGUCUACGACCACAUGUCAGGAGAGGUGGGCCUCAAGAGGGCCGACACGCGGUUCGUACGACCGCUGCGUUUGAAACAAUUGGAGGAUCAGUGCGUCGACUGGCCGUCGAUGACACCCGACUCGAUGGCUGCCAUUGUCUGCGAAGUGGAGCUAUUUCUGCAUGUCUUCCGAGAGCUCGUCGAUGGCUAUGAGUUCGCGAAGACUACGGAAGUGUCGAUCAAUCGAUUGGUGGAUGUGUUGGAUAACAAGCGGUACGACUAUCUGGUGUCGAGUGUCGGCCACAUCGUAGCCGAUCCCAAGACAGACAAAGCGAAAUUUAGCACCGAUUUGAUGGACUACUUGAAGGAUAAUUACGUCAAUACUGUUGUCGUGAAUGUGAAGCGCCGUUGCAUUCAACUGCCGAAGAGUGUGGUCGAGAUCCUGAAGCAGGUCCGCGACGUCUUGGAUGACACCGUGUAUGCAGUCCUCAAGUAUUUGGUGGCCAUUCAUCUCAUGACGAACGGCCCGCAAGAUGUGGAUCACCUGAAGAAUGAGAUCGGGCGCCGACACGAGACAAUCGUCGGCCACGUGUUUGGCGUCAAACCCAACGACGACUUUACUCUCUUGGACUUCGUUGAGUGUUAUCCCGAUCUGUUUGGCUAUCAGCGCAUCCGUACCGCCGAUGGACACACUCUGCGACUCAUUAACGUAAAGAUGGAGUCGAUUAAGACGAAGGCCAAGACUGUGGCGCCGAUUGAGACAUCGGUUCCGGUGGUGACCAUUGGUGGCGGUGAUGACCGAGAGUUUGAUGACUCGAACGAAGAGAUCUACUUAAGUGAUGACGAGAUCUAUAUAGAGGAUGAGGAUUGA